AUGCCUGCUUGGACUUCAUGGCCAUCUAAGAGAAGGCUCUAUGCUCUUUCAUCUCGCACAGGAAAGCGUUGUUCCUUGGCUAAAUCUCAAAUCAUUGUUCGACAACUAGAGAUCUAUUUCCUGACUGGGUCCUUGCCUCCCAUUAUAAAGAAUCAAAAUCUUGCAUCAUGGCUGGAGGCUUAUCCAUUAACCAUGAAGAUGUUUGAGUACAGAUCGAAGCUUAAUAGCAGAGCUCGGUCGCACAUCUGUCACCGAAGUAUUAGAGAUUCAUUUGGAGUUUACACUGCCGCCUCACGGCUAAAAGCUGCAGGAGCUAGUCGCAGUCAAUUCUUGUAAAACUAUGGAAGACCCUCUGUGUCAUUCACGCUACAAAAAUCUUCCACGAUAGCAUCAACAGCGAAUGUGUAUAUGCAUCCAUUAAGCUGAUUUAACAAAAAAAAUAAAAAUAAAAUAAAAGGGCAGUUUUAUGCUACCUUUA